CUCACGACACUGCGCUGAGGCAAUGGCCGACGAAUCGCCCACAGUCAACAGUCGGCGGCACCGUCGCAAUCAGUCGACUCCGCAGACGUCGAUUCAGCUACAAGACCUGGGCCCCGCUCAACAUGCUCCUAUAUCCCAGGAACCCUCCUCCCCGUCUGCCCAGCCUUCACAUCGCCGCACUUUGAGCGACCGCGGACGUAGCUUGUUUCGGCGCAAUAGAGAAUCUCUCUUAUCACAUAGUCCUGGUAGAAAUCCACACCCUCCUAAUACUCGCGCUUACUCGCCAAUCUCCGAGGAUCCUCCCAGUCCGCCGCAGAACGAUCGUAACUUGUCACCUCUUGCAUACGUAACCUCGCCCACUGGUCACCGUACACGAGUCGAUGAUGCCCAAGAUGAGGACGAGCGCACACCUCUGUCUCCACACGAANNGGGGAGCAGUUUCCAACAAGCUAUGGGCUUCGCUGGUCUCAGCAUAGGUGCUCCUGCUCGCCCUUCGUUGCACUCGGGUCAUGGCCGAUUAGGCAGUGAUCUUAGUCUCCGUACUGUCGAUGCAUCGCCUUACGACGAAGAACCCGACGAUCCAACUAGCUUCUUUCCACACGAGGAGGAUAUGGACACAGUGCCCCUGACAGAUAUGAGCCGUCUCGAUGCUCACUCACCACAGCGCAACGACCGCGGCAGCUUCCAGAGUAUCCGCUUCUUGUCACCGUCUGUCUCGCAUUCCAACAACCCAGAUGUCGAAUCUGGAAACCUGACUCCUUCUGGUCGCUGGAGUCGUUCUCCAGAUGGCCACAGCCGCUCUCCUGCAGACAGUCGUCGCUCAUUGUCGCCCAUGGGAGACUCUCCUUUCCAUCGAGCAGGAGAUAUGAUGCGCAAAAUGUCGAUGCGUGUGGUCAACUUGAGUAAUGAGCCCGAAGUCGCUGAGCGUAUGAUCAGGCGCAAGUCGUCUGUAGGUCAUUCUUCUCGUAUCUCUGAAGCUGCCGACUUUGGCAUUGAUGGGCCUCCNCGCUCUCCUGUCAGUGAGAAGAUGCCUUCGCCUAUGCUUCGUCCUGCGGAUCAGCUCGAUACAGGCGCGCGUGAGCCAAACCCUUUCCGUGGCAAUACCAUUGACCGCAAGGUUGGUCUUCGAACCGCCGUUAUGAAGAAGGCCAAUGAUAUGUUCGCUCUACAUCGAAAGCCUUCAGUCAGGAAUCUAAAUCCGCUUCCACCAUUGACGCCGGCACCUCAGCCUGGAAUCCUGCGUAGCUUUACCACGAACACCAUGAUGGAAGUACCAGGUGGCUCAAAACAAGCCCAGCUACAACGACUAGCAUUUCGAGCGUUUUUGCGUCAUUCUUUCAACCGACUCGAUUUCCUUGCUGUUUGUGCAUUCUGGAUCAGCUUCAUCAUUGGUAUCUUCGGCGUCGAGUCUCAAAAACACGUCUUUGUCUUCCGUAUGCUGAGCUGUCUUCGAAUUGUGCGUCUUCUGGGUAUAACCAGUGGCACUUUGGUUAUCUUGCGGAGUCUGAAGAAAGCUGCUCCUACUCUACUGAAUGUCGCCUUCCUGACUGGUUUCUUCUGGCUGUUGUUUGCAAUCAUCGGAGUUCAGAGCUUCAAAUCCAGUCUCCGUCGUACAUGUGUCUGGACAAAUCCCCAGAAUGCUUCAGAUACAUACACCCAACCGAUGCAGUUUUGUGGCGGCUGGCUCUUGCUCAACGGUACGGCAAUGCCCUGGCUGCACAAAGACGGCAAGACUUACGGUGCAGAUGAUGCUAAAGGUUUUUUUUGUCCUGUCAACUCCGUCUGCAUCGAAGGCGAAAAUCCUUACAACGGCACUGUCAGUUACGACAACAUCUUCCAAUCUCUCGAGAUGGUUUUCGUCGUUAUGUCCUCGAACACGUUCUCUGACCAACUUUACUAUCUUGCUGACAGCGACUAUCUAUCUGCUGGUAUAUUCUUCGCUGCCGGGAUCAUAGUCUUCCCAUUGUGGCUUGUCAACUUGUUGAUUGCGGUUAUCACAUCCUCAUUCCAGGUCAUUCGAGAUGAGAGCAAAGCCAGUGCCUUUACGGCGCAAGAGCAAGUCAAGCAUCUUGAGACGGAAGAGGGAAGUGAUGGGUUCAAGCAGAAAACAAGCACGCUGAAACAAUUUGUGAAUAACACACGAUGGAUCUGGAUCGCUGUCAUCACGUAUGGCUUGAUUGUACAAUGUCUGCGCAGUGCAUACAUGAGCCCGAGUCGGGCGGCUUUUCUCAGUGUAACCAUAGCCCUGGACAUCGAAAUAAUUCUUCGGUUCAUGGCAGACUGGCGUCGAUUCCAUAAAAGCAAGCGUAACCUCGUGGAUCUUGCAUUGGCUGUUAUAACCACGAUCAUCCAAAUCCCGGUCAUAAAAAACUCUGGUCAGCCGUAUGCAUGGUUGACGUUCUUCCAAAUCAUAAGAAUCUACCGUGUCGUUCUCGCAGUCGAAAUCACACGCACACUGAUCCUCACUGUGUUGGGCGACUUCUCGGGUCUGUCCAACUUGAUCAUGUUCGUUAUGCUAUUGUGCUUUCUCGCCGCGAUAUUUGCGACACAGAUCUUCCGCGGGCAGGUUCCUGAAGAAAACGACGAAGGCGAAGCAAUUCGUGUUCCGUUCUUCGACAUAUACAAUGCCUUCUUGGGAAUGUAUCAAAUAUUCUCAAGUGAGAAUUGGACGGACAUCUUGUACGACGUCACGUCAUAUAAUGUUGCUUACAACAACGGUUGGAUCGGUGCAGCAUUCUGUAUUAUGUGGUUCAUCCUAGCGAACUUCAUUGUCUUGAACAUGUUUAUUGCUGUUAUUCAAGAAAAUUUCGAUGUUUCUGAGGACGAAAAGCGCCUGCAGCAGGUCAAAGCCUUCCUUGCAAAAAGACAAGUCAAUGCGACGUCUGGUAGUCAGGGUUCGCUGUCAUUGUCAACAAUCUUCAAGCUUGGCCAAGUUCGUCGACAAGACCCUCUCGAUUAUGGCUCGGCACAAACAGAAAUGCUUCUCAAAGACGCAGUAGUCCGAGACUUUCUGGAUGAUCACGAGGUUGAUCCCGAUGCGAGUCUACCUAGUACAACUGACAGCAUACCUAACAACAGUCCACCCGUCAAAUCAGGCACUUUGGCUCAGCGUUGGGAACAACUUCUCAACCGCCUCUUCAAUCGCGAACCCAACCCUUUCUAUUCCAAUUUGGAGCUCCAGAAGGCUCACGAGGAAGUGGACACUCGUCAAAUGGUGAAAGAGGUGGUGGCGGCGAACGAGAGGGUCAAGAGAGCUCAACGUGAAUACUUGAGGAAGUAUCCCAACUACAACGUCUCACUUUUCAUCUUCAGGGUCAACAACCCUGUGAGAAGAUUAUGUCAGAAGAUUGUAGGACCAGGUCGUGGUGGUGAUCGCAUAGAGGGUGUGGCACCUUAUAGACCUGUCUGGUACGGAUUUUCAGCAUUCAUUUACGCAGCCAUUGUAGCCAUGGUGCUCUUGGCUUGUGUUACGACACCCUUGUACCAGAAGGAGUACUUCAAAAAUCACGACUUCCGAGCCCUGAACUGGUUUGUCUACACCGAUAUGGGCUUUGCAACUCUCUUCACCAUCGAGUCUGUCAUUCGAGUUAUUGCGGAUGGAUUCUAUUGGACACCUAACGCAUACUAUCGCAGCUCUUGGGGCAUUAUUGAUGGCAUCGUCUUGGUCACAUUGUGGACUGACAUCUUCACCACAAUCUAUAAUCCAGGCGGUGGUUCAAGAGCUGUCGGUGCCUUCAAGGCGUUGAGAGCUCUCAGAUUGCUCAAUGUCAGCGACAAUGCUAGAGACACCUUCCACUCUGUUAUCGUCAUGGGUGGUUGGAAGGUCGUCUCGGCAGCAUUCGUUUCGAUGAGUUUGCUCAUUCCAUUUGCCAUAUACGGUCUGAAUCUGUUCAAUGGCAGGUUUAUGGAAUGCAACGAUGGCAAUGUCUCGUCGUUGCUCACCGACUGUACUGGCGAGUACCUCAGUACACCCUAUAAUUGGGACGUUCUUGCCCCACGUCAAGUCGCCAACCCAUACUACGACUUCGAUAACUUCGGAUCAUCACUGUUCAUCCUCUUCCAGAUUGUCUCACAGGAAGGCUGGAUCGACGUCAUGUGGAGCGGCCAAUCUAUCACUGGCGUUUUCACGCAGCCCAACUCUUUCUCAUCCCAAGGAAAUGCCGUCUUNUUCGUCGCCUUCAACUUGCUUGGUGCCGUCUUCGUCUUGACGCUGUUCGUUAGUGUCUUCAUGCGCAACUAUACGGAACAAACUGGAGUAGCUUUCUUGACAACUGAGCAACGAUCAUGGCUUGAAUUGAGGAAACUGCUUCGACAAAUUUCGCCAUCCAAAAGACCCUCAUCUAAGGAGGUGCGGGAGACUUGGAAAGAGUGGUGUUAUCGCCGAGCAGUGACGAAGAACGGUAAAUGGCAGCGUAGCGUCACUGUGGUUCUGGUAUUCCACCUGCUUUUGCUGUGUUUGGAAUGGUAUCCGGACAACAACCGCUGGGAUAGAGCACGAGAUUACAUUUUCCUGGUGUUGACGCUCUUCUACAUUGUCAACAUCGUCGUUCGUAUCAUCGGACUUUCCUGGGCUCGGUUCCGAAGAAGCGCCUGGGAUGUGUACUCGAUAUUCUCGGUCUCUGGUACGUUCAUCACCUUGGUCUUGCUCCUGACCAAUUUCGAGAACCGGAACUAUGUGCAAAUACACAAGUUGUUCCUUGUAUCAAUUGCAUUGCUUCUGAUACCUAGGAACAAUCAGCUGGACCAACUUUUCAAGACUGCAGCUGCUAGUUUUACCUCGAUCGCGAACCUCGUCGCGACUUGGUUUGUCCUCUUCCUGGUCUUCGCCAUUGCCUUCACUCAGACUUUCGGGUUGACUAGAUUUGCCGAGGGUGAAACAGACAAUCAAAACUUUCGCACAGUGCCCAAAGCUCUGGUCAUGCUGUUCCGUAUGAGUUCUGGUGAAGGCUGGAAUGAGGUCAUGGCAGACUUUGCAUCGGUCACUCCGCCUUAUUGCACAAUCGGCGAGCAUUACUAUGAUGGUGACUGUGGUAGUGACGGAUGGGCCAUGGCUCUGUUCAUCUCCUGGAACAUCCUCAGCAUGUACGUUUUCAUGAACCUGUUCAUUUCGUUGAUUUACGAAAGUUUUUCGUACGUCUACCAGCGAAGCAGCGGAUUGUCCGUCAUCAGCAGAGAAGAGAUUCGACGGUACAAGCAGGCGUGGGCAGAGUUUGAUCCAAGUGGUUCAGGAUACAUCUCAAAAGAGAAGUUUCCCCGCUUNGAACUCUCUGGUGUCUUUGAAAUGCGCAUCUACGAUGGCGACUUUACAGUCAGCAACAUCAUUGCAGACUGCACCUCCAGGCCACAUCGUGCUCAUCCUCUUGGGUUGGAUGGCCCCAAGGAUAGUAUGCAAAUCGACCUUGAGAGACUCAAUGAACGUCUGUCCGAGAUCCCGAUCCUUGAAAUCCAAAGACGCAGAAAGCGAAUGAACAUCUUCUACGAGGAAGUACUGGUCUCGGCCGAUCCCGAUCGUGGUGUCGAGUUCAAUUCGCUUCUAAUGAUUCUGGCACAUUACAAGGUCAUCAACGACAACAAAAGUCUGCGACUCGAAGAGUUCUUGCGCCGUCGUGCUCGUUUGCAGCGUGUAGAGGAAGCUGUGCGCCGCAAUGUCGUCGUCGGAUUCUUCGAUACUCUGUACUGGGCUCGUCGCUUUAGAAAGGCAUUGGAAGCCAAGAAGAAUGCACGCAUGACCAUGGUACCUCAACUAGAUGUCCCUGAAAUUUUCAUCCAGGAUGACAGCGAGGAUGCCGCUAACUCUGGUCACAAAACUCCCUCGGCUCCGUCUACCCCAAUUGAUUACUAUGCUCCUCCUUGGGCUCCUGGAAGCGAGAACGGCACUCCAUCCUUUGAUAUUGGUUUCACGGCAUCUCGACCUAAUUUGCGCAACCGCAGUGGUUCUAUACAAGUCUCACCGUCAGCCUCGCCAACGCGUGCACGAACGGUUUCGCACUCGUCGCCUUCUGAGAUACGUGAUAUCCCUGAAGACUGGCACUUUGCUGAAGCCCUGAUUGAGGGACACAACCGGUCCAGAUCACCAUCACCAUCACCGCAACACCUCGAUCCCGAUAUUACGUCAGAUGCCUAUGGUGGUUUGGGCCUUGGAGCAGGUCCUCGAAGCCGCGCUCAAACACUAUCCGCCUCAAGUCCAGAGUCUCGUCCUCGAGCAGGCACUUUAUCAGUCGCUGGUACGCCUAGCGCGGGUGUUCGAUCACGUGCUGCUAGCUCCGUCAACGCACAGAAUGUCCUUGAUGUGCUGGACACCUCGGCAUGGGGUGAGAGUAUCAGAAGAAGCUUUACUACGCGAGGGUCAACAAUAGGACCACGCGGCUCAGCUGUGCGUGACACAAGUGUUGAACCUAUGCCUUCCAUUACUGAUACCCAGCCUUCGACUUCGUCACAAGCUGAAGGACAUGAUCAUGGGCAUCCACCUGAGCGA